AUGACUGAGAAGGGAGGCUAUGAAGAGGCCACAACUCCAGAACCAGCCAAUCUCGUCGACGACAUGGAGGACGGCAGCCAGGGCUCGCUCCGCGGCUUUACCCAUUCCACAUCACAGGACUUGCUAGACAUGAAGCGUAUGGGAAAAGCUCAACAGCUCAUUCGUUAUUUUCGCACCAUCUCAGCCGUGGCAUUCGUCAGCCUGGCGACAGUCUCAUGGGAACUGAAUAUCUUCUUCGUCAAUCAAGGCUUACGAGAUGGAGGGCGUGCUGGUCUUAUGUACUCACAAAUCUGGUGCUUCGUGCUCUUCGGUCCCGUAUAUCUUUCGCUGGCGGAAAUGGCUUCUAUGGCCCCCAUAGCCGGUAGCCAGUAUCAUUGGGUCUCUGAAUUCGCUCCUGCUGGUAUACAGAAGCCAUUGAGCUACAUCACCGGCUGGACGUCUACUCUAGCCUGGCAGGCUGGGAAUACGGUUGGUGUGUUCCUCGUUGGUACGCUCAUUCAGACUAUCAUUGCGCUGAAUGACCUCGACUAUGCACCACAGCCUUAUCAGAGCUCGCUGCUCGUCUGGGCAGCCAUUGUGAUCACAUAUCUCGGAAGUGUGUAUGGCAUGAGGUGGAUGUCAAAGUCAUCCAUUAUUAUUUUCGUGCUUCACUUCGCACUUUACCCCUGUUUUCUAGUGCCAGUGUGGCUUAAAGCACCAAAAGCUACGUCACACCAGGUAUGGCUCGAAUUCUCCAAUCUCGGAGGAUGGCAGAACAUGACAUUGGCUAUAUUUAUCGGUCAGCUCUCGAGCAUUACUGUUCUGGCAGGUAUAGACAACGUUGUGCAUGUGGCGGAGGAGGUUCAAGAUGCAUCCAAAACAGUCCCCCGCGCCAUGCUCAUCACAUACCUAGUGAACUGGCUUACCGGCUUCCCAGCGCUCAUCACCCUUGUUUAUGCUCUCCCGGACCUCGAUACAGCCCUGCUUGACCCCUCCGGAUACCCCUUGGUCUUUGUCCUGAGACAGAUCAUGUCUACCCCAGUCCUGACCGCCUUCCUCGUUGCCAUGGUCUUAAUCUUCACCUGCAGCAACAUUACAUAUCUCGUCGGCACGACUCGUGACCUCUUCGCCUUUGCCCGUGACAACGGCUUGCCCUUUUCCGCGUGGCUCUCUCACGUAAACAAGAACAACCACGUACCUGAACACGCCGUGCGCGCCUCUUCCGUCUUCGCUGUGCUCCUAUCACUGAUCUACAUUGGCUCACCCGUCGCUUUCUACGCUAUCACAUCCCUAUUCACCGUCGCCAUCUUCCAAUGCUACAUCUUCUCCAUCGGCUGCGUGCUGUACCGUCGUAUCUAUCUCCCAGGCACACUGCCGCCCGCCAGAUUUUCGCUUGGAAAAUGGGGCGUACCGACCAAUUGCGUGGCGCUGUUCUUCUCAACUUGGGCGUUCUUUUGGGCGUUCUGGCCACAGACAACGCCGUUCGAGGCCAGUGCAUUCAACUGGGCGAGUGUGAUCUUCGUGGCGGUCGUGUUGUUGGCCAGUGUGUGGUAUGUCUUCAAAGGGAGGCAUCAAUAUAACGGACCGGUAACGGAGGUAAAGCGCUUAGGGCCCGAGCAGGAGUGA